AUGGGGGACCACGAUGGUAAAAACUGCUCUCUCUCUCUCUCUCUCUCUCUCUCUCUCUCUCUCUCUCUCUCUCUCUCUCUCUCUCUCUCUCUCUCUCUCUCUCUCUCUCUCUCUCUCUCUCUCUCUCUCUAUAUAUAUAUAUACAGUACCAGUCAAAAGUUUGGACACACCUACUCAUUCAAGGGUUUUUCUUUAUUUGUACUAUUUUAUACAUUGUAGAAUAAUAGUGGUGAAGACAUCAAAACUAUGAAAUAACACAUCUAUCAUGUAGUAACCAGAAAAGUGUUAAAUCAUUCAAAAUAUAUUUUUUGGUUACUACAUGAUUCCAUACGUGUAAUUUCAUAGUUUUGAUGUCUUCACUAUUAUUGAACAAUGUAGAAAAUAGUAAAAAUAAAGAAAAACCGUUGAAUGAGUAGGUGUGUCCAAACCUUUGACUGGUAGUGUAUAUAUAUGGAUGGAUAUUUUCAUCACUCAAAUCCAAAUAGCUGGAGUAUAGAGCCACAUGAAUUUUCUGUCAGUGUUUGGUCAAUGAUGUAAUAACAUUCCCUAUAAAGCGGACACACGCCCCAUGCUAAAACAUGCUCUUCCUUUUCCAGGUGCUUUACUCUGGGUGCUGGUUACAGCUGGUGCCACUGUCAAACAGGUGACACUUGGGGGCACCAUCAAUCUAGAAUGUGAUAUCAAGGUGAAAUACGACAUCAUAUGGUUUGUUCUGCAUCCCAAUACCACACUGUCGCUGGCCGCCUUUACCUUUGUAAAACAGGAUAAGAGUCUAAGAUCCACCGCCCAUUUUGGUGGCCGCUUUGUGCCUGUAUAUAACAAAGCUGUGCCAACUGUUGACCUGACCAUAUGGAACCUAACAGACAGUGACCUGGGCCUGUAUUACUGUGGAAUGUGGAUAGAUGAUGUCUUUGAGAUUGGGAAUGGGACUCAGCUCACCUUUACAGGUGAGUAGUUUCCACAUCACCAUCUGGUUCUUUACCAUGUAAAAAGUAUGAAACGUUAGAAUAGUGUUUGUUUUAGUGUGAUCAGAUAAGAGUUCCCAUGAUUAUGUGAUUUGUUUUGUCCAACAUUGUGAUUCACAGUAGGGAGCUGGUAAGGACCUACAGUGCCUUCAGAAAGUAUUCAUCCCCCUAGACUUAUUCCACAUGUUGUUGUGUUACAGCCUGAAUUCAAAAUGGAUUAAAUAUAUAUUUUUUAUCACCCAUCUACACACAAUACCCCAUAAUGACAAAGUGAAAAUAUGUUUUUAGAAUUUAAAAACAAUGUAUUAAAAAUGAAAUACAGAAAUAUCUCAUUUACAUGAGUCAAUACAUGUCAGAAUCCCCUUUUGAAGCGAUUACAGCUGUGAGUCUUUCUGGGUACGUCUCUAAGAGCUUUCCACACCUGGAUUGUGCAACGUUUGACCAUUAUUCUUUCCAAAAUUCUUUAAGCUCUUUCAAAUUGGUUGUUGAUCAUUGCUAGACAAAUUUUUAGGUCUUGCCAUAUAUUGUCAAGUAGAUUUAAGUCAAAACUGUAACUUGGCCACUCAGGAACAUUCAAUGUCUUCUUGGUAAGCAACUCCAGUGUAGAUUUGGCCUUGUGUUUUAGGUUAUUGUCCAGCUGAAAAGUGAAUUAACCUCCCAGUGUCUGGUGGAAAGCAGACUGAACCAGGUUUUCCUCUAGGUUUUUGCCUGCGCUUAGCUCCAGUCCAUUUCUUUUUUAUCCUGAAUAACUCUCCAGUCCUUAAUGAUUACAAGCAUACCCAUAACAUGAUGCAGCCACCAUUAUGCUUGAAGAAAUGGAGAGUGUUACUCAGUAAUGUGUUGUAUUGGAUUUGCCCCAAAACAUAGUUAAUUGCUUUGCUACAUUUUUUGCAGUAUUACUUAAGUGACUUGUUGCAAACAGGAUGCAAGUUCUGUACAGGCUUUCUUCUUUUCACUCUGUCAAUUAGGUUAGUAUUGUGAAGUAACUGCAAUGUUGUUGAUCCAUCCUCAGUUUUCUCCUAUCACAGCCAUUAAACUCUGUAACUGUUUUAAUGUCACUAUUGGCCUCAUGGUGAAAUCUCUGAGCGGUUGUAACGUCUGUAUCUUUGUAGUGACUGGGUGUAUUGAUAUACCAUCCAAAGUGUAAUUAAUAACUUCACCAUGCUCAAAGGGAUAUUCAAUGUCUGCCCUUUUUUUUUUACCCACCUACCAAUAGGCGUCCUUCUUUGUGAGGCAUUGGAAAACCUCCCUGGUCUUUGUGUUUGAAUCUAUGUUUGAAAUUCACUGCUCGACUGAGGGACCUUACAGAUAAUUGUGUGUGUGGGGUACAGAGAUGGGGUAGUCAUUCAAUAAUCAUGUUAAACACUACACUUUUAGAAAAAAGGGUUCCAAAAGGGUUAUUUGGCUGUCCCCACAGGAGAACCCUCUGUGAAAAGGGUUCUACAUGGAACUCAAAAGGGUUCUACUUGGAACCAAUAAGGGUUCUAAAUUUUGAAAAACAUAAUUCCACUUUGACAUAAUGGGGUAUUGUGUGUAGGCCAGUGACAAAAAACUCAAAUUAAUCCAUUUUAAAUUCAGCUGUAACUCAACAAAAUGAUGGAAAAAGUAAAGGGGUGUGAAUACUUUCUGAAGGCACUGUCAAUGUUGUGGUCCACUUACUGUUGUUUUAGUGUGAUCUGAUAGGAGUUCCCAUAAUUUUGUGAUUUAUUUUGUCCAACAUGUUGUGAUCCACAGUAGGGAGCUGGUAAGGACCUAGAUGUUGUGGUCCACUAACUGACUCUGUCUAAUACAUGGUUUGUGUUUUCAGAUCAGGGUUCUACUGUGGUUGGGGUAGAUCUACCAUGGUUCGUCACUCUGAUCUUCACCCCCAUAAUCUCAGUGUUUGGAUCCUCUCUCUGUAUUCGAUACAUGCUUUAA